AAAUUUUCUCCCCGAAAAAAAGAAAUGGCCAAAGGGAACGACUACAGUAAGGACGGCAUGGCACAACUGCAAGAAGAAUUCAGAGAAGAAGUUGAGAUAAGAGAGAUGCUCAUAGACUCUGUUUCUGACCUGCGAUAUACUGUUGCUGAAAUGCAAGAAAGGUUGCACAAUGUUGAUGGGGAAGAAAACGAGUGGAAGACAAGGUUUGAGACACAGGUAGAGUUAAAUGGACAGCUGGAGAAGCAGAUUACACAUGUUCAGCAGAGACUGGAGAGCAUCAAAGGAAACCCUGUUGAUCGGUUGGCUUUCAUCCGCUCAUAUGAAGGCAUGACAGUUGAAAUGCUCAGACAACAUCUUAUGGUCCUGACCGAGGAGAAAUCUGAGCUCCAGAAACAGCUGAGGGACUGCUACCUUCAAAUCGAGCAGGAGGGAAAGGCUUUCCAUAAAACCAAUGAUGAAAGGCGAGCAUACCUUACAGAAAUAUCUACGCUUUCCUCUGUUCAAACGCUGCAAAGAAGACAGUACUCCAAUCGACGACAGGUGGCACCAGAGAUCAAACAGAUCAGAGAAAAACACAUUCGUAGGAAGGUACAGGCUGCCUCUGACAACAGAACGGAGGAGGGAUUGAUUGAACGUGUAAAUGGAGGAGGAGGGGGCUGUGAUUCAACGAUGGAGAGAGAAAUGAAGAAGAAACAUCUAAGAGAAAGCAAGUUACCAACCUUAAAACAUCGGCUAAAAAAGGAUCCUUAAAUCAAAAUCUUGGGAGGGGAGGAGCUUAAACCUGUACAUGGCUGCAAUUCCUUUUCUUUAGGGUUUAUAAUGUAAUAAAUUGUGACUCAACCUAUUUACAUUUUCCCAUUUAGCAAUAUGGGCUGAUAGAAAAUGGUCACAUAAGAAGACAUCUGCAUCCCUACCAAUACCUAUGCAAAAAAAUGUUGAUAUCAUGACAUUAGAAGGAAUUUAAUCUUCUAGUGGAAAACUCAGUAACUUUGAGCAUUACCUACUUACAGCGAGUAGUGAAUGUUAACCAGUGUUCUGGAACUCUUUGCCUGAAAAGGUAAUAAAAGCGUUAAUCAAAAUAGUAUAAUGUGUCAUGACCACAGGUUUAAAUGUAUAGACUUUAAAUACAGUUAAAUUUACAAGAUAGUAUGAACCUUCACUCUGA